UGCGGGAGAGCCGGCAGCGCUGGGCAGAGCACGCCAGCCCCAGCCCCGGUCCCGGUCCCGGCCCGAGCAGCCACGGCCCGCCAUGGGCACCGAGCCCCCCAGUGGGUCUGUGAAAGCGGGGAAGAUGCCAGAAGGGGAGAAAAUGGGACAGUGUAAGCAAGAAGAGGAGCAGCAGCAGAAAGAAGAGAAGCAGGAGGGUCUCAUCGAAUUCUACAGUUCCUACCAGGAGCUAUUCCAGUUCUUCUGCAGCAACACAACCAUCCACGGGGCUAUCCGCCUGGUGUGCUCCAAAAAGAAUAAGAUGAAGACAGCCUUCUGGUCCGUCCUCUUCUUCCUCACCUUCGGCUUAAUGUACUGGCAGUUCGGGAUCCUCUACAGGGAGUACUUCAGCUACCCUGUCAACCUCAACCUCAACCUGAACUCCGACAGGCUGACUUUCCCAGCCGUGACGCUGUGCACCCUCAAUCCCUACAGAUACAGCGCCAUCCGAAAGCAGCUGGAUAAGCUGGAUGAAAUCACCCACCAGACACUGCUAGACCUCUACGACUACAACAUGUCUCUGCCACAAAGAGACUGGUCCACGUCAUCCACACAAAGGCGUAGCUCAAGGAGCCUGCUCCAUCACAUCCAGCGCCAUCCUCUGCGGAGACAGAAGCGGGACAACGUAGUCAACUUGCCAGAGAACAGUCCCUCAGUGGACAAGAAUGACUGGAAAAUUGGCUUUGUUCUGUGCAAUGAAAACAACGACUGUUUCCACCAGGCGUACUCCUCGGGAGUGGAUGCCGUGCGGGAAUGGUACAGCUUUCACUACAUCAAUAUCCUGGCGCAGGUGCCUGAUGCAAAAGCCCUGGACGAGUCUGACUUUGAGAAUUUCAUCUACGCUUGCCGCUUCAACGAGGCAACGUGUGACAAGGCGAACUAUACCCACUUCCACCACCCCCUGUAUGGCAACUGCUACACCUUUAAUGACAACAGCAGCAGCGUGUGGACAUCCUCCAUGCCUGGGAUCAAUAAUGGUCUCUCUCUGGUGGUGCGCACCGAGCAGAACGAUUUCAUCCCUCUGCUGUCCACGGUGACAGGAGCCAGGGUUAUGGUCCAUGAUCAGAAUGAGCCAGCCUUCAUGGAUGAUGGGGGCUUCAAUGUUCGUCCUGGCAUCGAGACCUCCAUCAGCAUGAGAAAGGAGAUGACCGUGCGCCUUGGGGGCAGUUACAGCAACUGCACAGAGGAUGGCAGUGACGUGCCAGUGCAAAACCUCUACUCAUCCCGCUACACCGAGCAGGUCUGCAUCCGCUCCUGCUUUCAGGUCAACAUGGUAGAGCGCUGUGGCUGUGCAUAUUACUUCUAUCCCUUGCCCAGCGGAGCAUUGUACUGUGACUACACGAAGCACAAAGCCUGGGGCUACUGCUAUUACAAACUCCUGGCUGAAUUCAAAGCUGACGUGCUGGGCUGUUUCCACAAGUGUCGGAAACCUUGCAAAAUGACAGAAUACCAGCUGUCAGCUGGAUACUCUCGCUGGCCUUCUGCUGUCUCAGAGGACUGGGUUUUCUACGUGCUUUCACAACAGAACAAAUACAAUAUCACAUCAAAGAGGAACGGAGUUGCCAAAGUGAAUAUCUUUUUUAAGGAGUGGAACUACAAGACCAAUGGGGAGUCUCCAGCCUUCACGGUAGUGACUCUGCUGUCCCAGCUCGGGAACCAGUGGAGUCUCUGGUUUGGAUCUUCUGUCCUGUCUGUGAUGGAGCUUGCAGAGCUGGUUCUGGAUUUCAUUGCCAUCACCUUUAUCCUGGGCUUCCGCUGGUUCCGCUCCCGGCAGAAGCUGCCUGCGCCGGUGCCCCCUCUGAACAGCCAGGAUAACGCUGCUUUCCAAGAUGAGGCACCGGCUCUGCAUGCUCCACAUCGCUUCACCGUGGAGGCUGUAGUGACCACGCUGCCAUCCUACAACAGCCUGGAACCACGGGGGCCGAGCAGGGACGGCGAGGAGGGACACGAGUGAGGCAGCAGCUUCUCGCACUGCUCAGGUGGCUGGCAGCUGGAGCAGAGGCUGCACUCUGUCUGCGGGACCUGCGUUUCCUUCUUUCUGGGGGGCUGCACAUGGACCACAGCAAAAGACUGCUCCGUGGUUGGCCUGGGCUCAUUGCUUUCACUUCUGUAGGCACAUUCUUCAGUCUCAUAAAAUACUAUUGCUGUGGGAUCACCAGGGAUGAGUUGAUCUAGUGUGUGUGGGGGAGAUGUCCUCCAGAUUUCCUUAUGCUCUGUGCAUGUCCACACCUACAUGUGCAGGCAUGCUUUCCUUUCCCUCCAACAAGGAUGCUGCCACAGUUCUGGUCUGUCAUUAAUUAAAGAGGUUUGGCAGGUGUGA